AUGCAGCUCUUCGGCGCUUUCUCUCUCAUCCUGCCUUGGGCCAGCGUGCCCGUGGGCGCUUCUGUUGACGUCGAGCUCCAAAUCCUGGACCGCACGGGACACAGACGAGUCGUGCGGAAACCUAAGCUGCCGCGCUUUACACUGCCCUUUUCACAGGUCUCGUUCCGCUCAUUCAGAUUGUUGGGCGCACCGCUGAUGGAAUCACAGACGCCCCGCCCUGUCGCGCUUGCGCGAGAUUGGUCGCCGUCGUAUGCGGACGUGUACUGGUAUAGAAGAUCUGGGAGCAUGAUUCGCCAGCCUUACGAUCAUUGCGGUAAUGAUCAAAUCAUCUUCGCAGGUUAUUGA